CCCCAUUAGGUCAAAUUUCAAACUCCUCCAGAAGACUCACAUUAGUCAUGUCGUUGUUCUCGUCUCUCACGCCAGUAUUCGUGGCGGUUUUGUGUGUGAUUAUUGGUUUUAUCUUCAAAAACUCCCAGAAGAAAGACAAGACCAAACCAAAUGAGAACUCUUCGUACGGGGCAAAGGUGAGACCAUGGGUGGACGAGGAUCUGCAAGAUGAUACAGAAAUCAACAGCAAAGAAAAUGAGGAUGACAAUGAUUGGACAGAAAGUGAAAAUGAAGACAAUUUAACUCAUAUCCCAUACACCCCACACCGAUACGCCGCUGAUGAGAUGCUUGACCGCUCUGAAAAGUUCUACUCACUAAUGAAUCUCAGACGAUCUGUCCGGUUCAUCAGUCCAGAACCGGUACCCAGAGAAGUCAUCAACAAUGUAAUACUUGCUGCAGGCACUGCUCCCAGUGGAGCUCAUACUGAGCCGUGGACAUUUGUGGUGGUGUCUGAUGCAGAUGUCAAACACAAGAUCAGAGAGAUUGUUGAGGAAGAAGAGGAGAUCAACUACAAACAAAGGAUGGGAGACAACUGGGUCCAUGACCUGAAGAGACUUAGGACUAAUUGGGUGAAGGAGUAUUUGGACAUUGCUCCAUAUCUGAUUCUUAUAUUUAAGCAGACAUAUGGAGUUCUGCCCAAUGGCAAGAAGAAAACUCACUAUUAUAAUGAAAUCAGUGUGUCUAUCUCCUGUGGUAUCCUAUUGGCUGCUUUGCAGAAUGUUGGACUGGUCACUGUGACAACUACUCCCCUAAACUGCGGCCCACAGCUCAGGACCCUCCUCCAGCGGCCAGCCAAUGAGAAGCUUCUGAUGUUACUUCCUGUUGGCUAUCCUGCAUCAGACGCCACAGUGCCUGACCUCAAACGCAAGGAUCUUAAUGAUAUUAUGGUGUCUGUUUAAUUCCUGUGUAUUACCAAACUUACAUAAAGUGUAACUUUAUACA